AUGGCGUCGCAGAUCGCCGAGCGCGAGGACGCCGUGCUGUGCUCGGACGUGCGCGACAAGCUGUUCGGACCGAUGGAGUUCUCGCGCCGCGACCUGGGCGCGCUCAACAUCAUGCGCGGGCGGGACAACGGCCUGCCCGACUACAACACCCUGCCAAUGAUCAAGAAUCUGACCGAGGUGAACCCGGAGCUGGCCAGCGAGCGGCCCGAGCUAUUCAAGAAGCUGAUGGACGCCUACGGAGACGAGAUGAUGAACAUUGACCUCUACGUGGGGGGCAUGCUGGAAAGCCGGGACGGGCCUGGCCAGCUCUUCCGUGCCAUCAUCAAGGAGCAGUUCCAGAGACUUCGUGACGCCGACCGGUUCUGGUUCGAGAACACCGAGAACGGCAUCUUCACGGAGACGGAGGUGGAGGCAGUCAAGAGGGUGCGCCUCUACGACAUCAUCCGGGCCACCACGGACAUCGGCAGCGGGGACCUCCAGGAGACCGUCUUCUUCCACUUGGCCGACGACCCGUGUCCGCAGCCAAUGCAGCUCAACGCCAGCAAGAUGGAGCCGUGCCGGCUGCUCGGCGGACACGACUAUUUCCAGGUGACGCGCAGGACGGCAACGAGGGUAACGUACAUCUACGCCUGCAUCUUCCUGGCUGCCGUACCGCUGCUGUGCAUGGGAGCCGCCUACGGCGUGGUCAAGCUGCAGAACAGGGCGCGCCGCCGCUACCGCAUGAAGCAGGAGGAGAACAACAACGGCAGGUCCACGGACAAGAUGUUCGUCACCGAGUGGCUGCAUCAGAACCACCGGCGCAACGUCAAGAUCAAGUUCGGCCCGGACGUGGCCUUCCAUACGGUCAACAGAAAGGGUAUCAAGCUGCGCACGGCCCGCUUCGGCAGCGUGGAGACGGUGGUGGUGGAGGUGACGGACGACGUGCGUGGCAAGCCCAUGUGCCUGGUCCGCGUGCCCGGCGACCAUGACGUCGUGCUUGACUUCGACUCGGUUAACCUACGCAAGCGCUUCCUGGCGAAGUUGGAGCAGUUCCUGGCUGGUCACAACAAGUCGAUAGAGACCGUGUCCACCUACAAGGAGCAGAUGCUGCAGAAUGCCGACACCAAGGAGCGUCGCCAGAAGCGGCUAGAGCACUUCUUCCGCGAAGCCUAUUCGCUGUCGUUCGGCAGGAAGCCGGGAGAGAAGAAGGUGGAGGUGUCCAACGACAUCAUCAUGGUGAUGCGCACGUCACUCACGAAGCGUGAAUUUGCCAGCGCGCUCGGCAUGAAGGCCGACUCGGUGUUCGUGCAGAAGAUGUUCAACGUGGUGGACAAGGAUGGCGACGGGCAGAUCAGCUUCCAGGAGUUCCUCGAAACCGUGGAGCUGUUCUCGCGCGGCACCAUCGACAACAAGCUGCGCAUAAUUUUCGACAUGUGCGAUAACGACCGCAACGGCACCAUCGACAAGGACGAGCUGUCCGAGAUGUUGCGCUCCUUGGUCGAGAUUGCCAAGACCAACAGUCUGACGGACGCCCAAGUCGAUUGA